CGCGAGUCUCACUCACAGGAUCCACAGUUCACCUGCAGGCUCUCUUUUUUGCAGCUUACUUUCUCUCUCUGUCUUUUUGGCUUGUAAAUAUUCUUUCAGACGCUUUUUUUCUGCUAAAGAGAAAUAAAGUGGUGUAUGCCUUAGUCCGUUAGAUCAAAAUCAUCUAAGGACUGGAACUCUGGAAAUGAAGAGAGAUUUUACGUUUUUUUUUCGGACUUGGAUUUGGAUCGUCUGGUUGUCAGCUCUUGUGAUUGGAUAUUCUAUGAGUCCACCUACUCUGGACAGCCCAGGUGAAGAACUGGUGAUUAAUGCCAAUGACACACUGACCAUUACAUGCCGGGGAGAAGGGAUUCUUGAUUGGUCUUGGCCUGAAGAUUCAGGUUACAACAAAAAGAAAACAAAAGAUCAUCAGGAACAGCAGCCACCCCCAAACCAGCCAGAUCAGUGGUCUGUUGAGAUAAAUGAAUGCCAAGGAAUUCGUGGGAAACAAUACUGUAAGAUUUUUACACUGACCAGGGCCCAAAGCAGUGACACCGGUUAUUAUCGCUGCUACUACCAGGGAACCACAACUAUAACUGAUGGCACAACUGCUGCUCGCAUUUAUGUGUUUGUUAGAGAUGAACAAAAACCUUUCAUUAUGAAACAUGGCAGUAUUUCAGAAGUCAUCCUUCUCACUAAAUCCCUAGUGGUCGAGGUUCCCUGUAUGGUAUCCAUACCAGAUUUGGACGUUAGUCUUUUUAAAUUUGAAAAUGCAAAAUUUUCCCAAAUUGAUGAUAAAAUGCUUACCUGGGACAACAGGAAAGGAUUCUCGGUGAUGAAGGACCAAUUAAAUUUUUUGCCAGUGAUGUGUCAGACAGUCAUCAAUAACAUCACAUAUCAUUCUUCAUUCUUUUUCCCCCACUUAUUAGGAACUGAAGUGUUUAAAUUCAACGUAUUUCCCAGUGAAGUCGAAUUAGUGGUGGGAGAGCAGCUUUUCCUGAACUGCACAGCAGUAGUAGAGUUCAACACUGGAAUGGAGUUUUCAUGGACAUAUCCAGGACAGCAGACUAACCGGACAGUAUCUAUCCGUUCAGAGAGAAAUCUCCUGGAGAAGUGGACAGAGGUCUUCAGCACAUUUCUCAUUUCUAGUGUAAACGUGACAGACAGUGGAGUUUACACUUGUACAGGCAAUAAUGGAGAUACUCCAGUUAACAGCUUUGCAAAUGUCACUGUGCAUGAAAAGCCAUUUAUUGAGAUUCAUGCCAUUUCUGGACUAGCGAUUGAAGCUACAGCAGGACAAAACUUUGAAAUGCCCGUGAAAAUGGAUGCAUACCCUUUGCCCGAAGCACAAUGGUAUAAAGAUGGGAAAUUAAUUACCAAGAGCCCAGAAUUCAACAGGAUUAAACAAGAUCACUACAAACUAGAGAUCCGUGAAGUGUCACAAGAAAAUGCUGGAAACUACACUCUUGUUCUGAAGAAUUAUGCCAGCAAUCUAGAAGCAAAAGUUUCUCUCUUCCUAACUGUUAAUGUACCACCACACAUUCAUGAGAAAGAACUGGCAUCCCCCACUAUUAUAUAUCCACGAGGGAGCCGCCAGACUCUGACCUGCACUGCUGAUGGAGUUCCAACUCCAACUUCUGUCAGCUGGCAUUGGAGACCCUGGGGUCCUUGUGGUGAUAGCAACGCCAAUACUAUAAGACAAAUUGGAGUGAGCAGUAGACAAAAGAGAGCCCAGUCAGUACACUGUGAGAACUGGCAAGAAGUGGAUAUCCUGGAUCAUGCCAAUAAAAUUGACAGCAUAGAUUCCUGGAUUGAGGAUCUCAAGGGGGAAAACAAGACAGUUAGCAGGCUAGUUAUACAGAACGCCAAUGUCUCUGUGGUGUACAAGUGCUCUGCUGCUAACAAAGUGGACAAAGACGAGAGGGACAUCUACUUCUAUGUAACUACGAUUCCAGAGGGCUUUGGCAUUGACUUGUACCCAUCAGAAGAACCAAUAGAGCAGCAGCUUGUCAGCCUAAAGUGUAGCGCAGAUAACUACACUUAUGAGAACUUGCAGUGGUACAGGCUGGGCUCCCAAGUCCUACAGGAUGACCAUGGAAACCCUCUGAUUCCUGAAUGCAAAACCGUCCACAAGUAUGCUGACCGCCAGCAAGGCAACCUCACCUUUAAUGAAGCAACUAACAGCUGGGUUCUGGAGGUCAAUAUCUCGCACAUUCAAUUGGAUGAUGAAGGAGAUUAUGUGUGUGAAGUCCAAAACCGCAGGACAGGAGAACGACACUGCCAUCGUAAAUACAUCACUGUGCAAGCCCAAGAAGCACCCCGGCUUCGGCAGAAUUUGGUUAACCAAACAGUGAAUGUCAGUGAGUCCAUGCUGAUGAAAUGUAAUGUAGUGGGCACACCUACCCCUCAGAUUUCUUGGUUUAAGGAUGAAAAGCCUCUUUAUGAAAUGUCAGGGAUUGUGCUUCAGGAUUCCAACCAGACACUCAGUAUCCAGCGGGUGCGAGAGGAAGAUGCAGGGCUAUACACAUGCUCAGCCUGCAACGAGAAGGGUUGCAUCAGCAUGUCGGCAAAAGUCUCAGUUGAGGGUUCAGAUGACAAGACCAGUGUAGAAAUUGUCAUUAUGGUGGGAACUGGAAUUAUUGCCAUUAUCUUCUGGAUUCUACUAAUUCUCAUCUUCUGCAAUGUCAAAAAGGCAAAUCCUGCAGACAUCAAGACUGGCUACUUGUCAAUUAUUAUGGAUCCAGUGGAGGUUCCUCUUGAAGAGCAAUGUGAAUAUCUUCCGUACGACUCCAGCCAGUGGGAAUUUCCCAGGGAUCGACUACGUUUAGGAAAGGUUCUGGGACAUGGAGCCUUUGGAAAAGUAGUUGAAGCCUCAGCAUUUGGAAUUGACAAGUCAAGCAGUUUAAACACAGUUGCCGUUAAGAUGCUUAAAGAGGGUGCAACAGCCAGUGAGCAUAAAGCACUGAUGUCAGAACUGAAAAUCCUCAUUCACAUUGGAAACCAUCUGAACGUGGUGAAUCUGUUAGGCGCUUGCACCAAACCCAAUGGGCCUCUGAUGGUAAUAGUUGAGUACUGCAAGUAUGGCAAUUUAUCCAACUAUCUCCGCACUAAGAGAGAAACCUUCCUUCCUUAUCGGGACCACUCACCAAAAAUGCGCAGUCAGGUGCGCUCCAUGAUGGAUGCUGUGAUUGCAGAUAGGCGAAAUCACGUAGGAGCCAAUGAAAACACUGUUUUUUCCAGAAUUAUUGCAAACCACAACCAGAACUACAGACCCAGUCUUCAAAAAGUUGAAGAUCUGUGGAAGACCCCACUGACUAUGGAGGACCUGAUCUGCUACAGCUUUCAGGUGGCACGUGGCAUGGAAUUCCUAGCUUCACGAAAGUGCAUUCACAGAGAUUUGGCAGCCCGAAACAUUCUGCUUUCAGAAAAUAAUGUUGUUAAGAUCUGUGAUUUUGGCCUGGCUCGUGACAUAUACAAAGACCCGGACUACGUAAGAAAAGGAAAUGCUCGACUGCCGUUGAAGUGGAUGGCACCUGAAAGUAUUUUUGACAAAGUCUAUACAACCCAGAGUGAUGUGUGGUCUUUUGGGGUCCUGCUGUGGGAAAUAUUCUCAUUAGGUGCAUCACCGUACCCUGGAGUACAGAUUGACGAGGAAUUCUGUCAGCGUCUUAAAGAGGGUACUAGAAUGCGGGCACCAGAGAAUGCCUCUCCUGAAAUAUAUCAGAUCAUGCUGGCCUGCUGGCAAGGUGAGCCAAGGAAGAGACCUACAUUCCCUGCAUUGGUGGAGAUUUUGGGAGAUUUGUUGCAAGAAAAUGUUUUGAAGGAAGGAAAAGACUACAUUCCUCUGAAUCUAUCCCAGAGCUCAGAAGAUGAUGGAUUCUCUCAGGCAUCUUCACGGCCACCAUCCCAGGAGGAGGAGUGUGAGUUGCAUUUGGCAUGUGAGGCCAUGGCUGGCAGAUACUACAACUGCUUGUCUUUCUCUGGCUGCUUGAAUGCAACCUUCCCAGUACAUGGCCAUGGGCGAGUCAAAACAUUUGAAGAGUAUCCUCUUGAGCAGACGUCCCAUAAGACACAUUUUGAUAACCAAACAGAUAGUGGGAUGGUCUUGGCAUCUGAAGAAUUUGAACGAAUAGAGCACAAACACAGAGGAUUCAUGGCACACAGUUCCAGCAGACGUACAGAUGCUACAGCCCUCUUUACAGAGCAGAUAGGUCUCUGCCAGCCACCCUACCUAUGUCAGCUGUCCGGACAGACCUUCUACAAUAAUGAGUAUGGACAGCUUUGUGAAGAUGGCCUGGGAGAUUUCUUCACUGUUCCAGGUGCAGGAGAUUCUGACACUGCCUGUCUUUCUGCAUCGAGUUUUUAAAGGCACUGGACAUGCAUGAUUAAGAUCAAAGAGUGAAGAGCUCCCAUUUCAAGCUCUCAGCUUACUGAUUUUUUCUUUUCCAGUCUACUGCACUGAA